CCGCGGACACUUCUUGACGUGAACGUUACUUCUGCAACUUGUGCUCCUGCGCCAUCAUGUUUGGGAUGCUGAGACAUCUUCGGCCGGGCUUCUUCUUCUUCUUCUUCUUCGUCUUCUUCUGCCUCCUCGUGGAGCAUCACAAAGUUCAAGCGGGCAACUGCUGGCUGCAGCAGGGCAAGAACGGCCGCUGCCAGGUGCUCUACAUGCCGGGCAUGAGCCGGGAGGAGUGCUGCAGGAGCGGCAGACUCGGCACGUCGUGGACCGAGGAGGACGUCCCCAACAGCACCUUGUUCAGGUGGAUGAUCUUCAACGGCGGAGCCCCCAAUUGCAUACCUUGCAAAGGUGGAGAAACGUGCGACAACGUGGACUGCGGCCCCGGCAAGAGGUGCAAGAUGAACCGGAGGAGUAAACCGCGGUGCGUGUGCGCGCCGGACUGCUCCAACGUCACGUGGAAGGGACCCGUGUGCGGCUCGGACGGCAAGACCUACAAGGACGAGUGCGCCUUGCUCAAGGCCAAGUGCAAAGCCCAGCCGGACCUGGACGUGCAGUACCAAGGCAAAUGCAAAAAAACGUGCCGUGACGUGCGGUGCCCCGGCAGCUCCACCUGCGUGGUGGACCAGACCAACAACGCCUAUUGUGUGACGUGUAAUCGGAUUUGUCCCGAGGUGACGUCACCCGAGCAGUACCUGUGCGGCAACGACGGGAUCGUGUACGCCAGCGCGUGCCACCUGAGGCGCGCCACCUGCCUGCUGGGCCGCUCCAUCGGGGUGGCCUACGAGGGCAGAUGCGUCAAGGCCAAGUCAUGCGAGGACAUCCAGUGCAGCGCCGGCAAGAAGUGUCUGUGGGACGGCCGCAUGAGUCGAGGACGCUGCUCGCUGUGCGACGAGACGUGUCCGGAGAGCCGGACUGAGGAGGCGGUGUGCGCCAGCGACAACACCACCUACCCCAGCGAGUGCGCCAUGAAGCAAGCCGCCUGCUCCGUGGGGGUGCUGCUGGAGGUCAAACACUCGGGAUCUUGCAACUCCAUCACAGAAGACCCGGUGGAGGAUGAUGAGGAAGAUGAAGACUACAAGGCCUAUGUCCAUUUAUCAUCUGUACUGGAUGGAUAGACCCCUCCCCCCACACCCUCAUAUGACACCACCCCCCUUCAGUAUGUCCAUACUGUACAUUAUGUGUAUGCUUAUUUAUUUUUGAAACAAAAAGGAAGUAUACAUAUAGUUCUGUCUGCUAGAUGUUUAUUUAUACUUUUGUUGUGUUUUCUAAUUUAUACAUUUACUAUGUCGGGCUUACGAUCUUUAUUACUACUCUCCCUUUAUUUUUUUGUGUGCGUUCUUUUUUUUUUUUUUAUAUCAUGAAGAAAUAUAUUUGUCCAAAGAGAAACAGUGUUAUUUAUUUGUCUUUUUUUUGACCGUGCAAGUACAAAAGCUGUAAAUGGCAUUCCGCUUUCCUUCAGCUGUGAAAACAAAACAAACAAAAAAAGUUGCUUGUCGCCGUCAAAUCUCUAUCACACGUCUUUAUGUCACACUUACGCAAAUGCAUGUUUAAGCUGUGUGUUUAUUUAUUGGGAAUAUAUCUUUUUUUAUGUACAGUUUCUGGUUUGUUUACAGAUCACAAUAACUGACCAAAGGGAUUCUCUCAAUGGUUUUUCAACAAAAAAAGAAAAGAAAAAAAGGACGCAGCAGUAAUUACGUUUUUCCCUUCCUGGUUUUCAGUUCACCUUUAGGCCUUUUAGGAUUGUAGACGUUGUAAACACAAAAGAGGUACGUUUGGCGAUGAUAUUUGAUGGAAACAAUGUGCCAUUUAACGUGUGUGUGUGUGCGUGUGUGUGUGUGUGUGUGUGUGUGUGUGUGUGUGUGUGUGUGUGUGUGCGUGUUAUUCUUUGCCAAUAUUGCUCCUUCAGAGCUCCAAUAAGAUGAACUGCAGUAUUUGACAAUAAUAUUUCAUCUUUCUCUCUCUCAGUUUUAUUGUCCAAACAUCACAAGAGAAAUACACAAAUUCUCUUACGAAUAUAUAGUUUUGUAUUUUUUAUGUAAAUGUCAUAUGUACAUAACAAAGUUUGAGGGUAUUUGUACAGAUAUGAAAAGUAAAACAAUAAAAGUUUUUUUUCCCCUUA